GGACUUUUUAUUUGUGUUUUGACUGUUUUGUGUUGUCGUUUGGCGGCGUGGUGCUAUUUGAAUAAUUUUAAUUUUUACGAAUUAAGUAAAAGUGAACAUUGUAUUUCUAGAAGUGACUGACACAAACCCAUUUUAUGUAUAAAAUGUCCGACGACGAUUUUAUGUGCGAUGACGAAGAAGAUUAUGGACUGGAAUAUUCAGAAGAUAGCAAUUCAGAACCAGAUGUUGAUUUGGAAAAUCAGUACUAUAACAGUAAGGCACUCAAAGAAGAAGAACCACUGGCAGCCUUAACAUCGUUUCAAAAAGUACUAGAUCUUGAGGGAGGAGAAAAGGGAGAAUGGGGCUUUAAAGCUCUUAAACAAAUGAUAAAGAUAAAUUUUCGUUUGUCUAAUUUUGAUGAGAUGAUGAUACGCUAUAAACAACUUCUAACAUACAUCAAGAGUGCUGUUACCAGAAAUCAUAGUGAGAAGUCUAUCAACUCCAUAUUGGAUUACAUCUCAACUUCAAGAAACAUGGAGUUAUUGCAGAAUUUUUAUGAAACAACAUUAGAAGCACUUAAAGAUGCAAAAAAUGACAGGCUUUGGUUCAAAACAAACACCAAAUUGGGAAAACUCUACUAUGAUAGAGGUGAUUUCAACAAGUUAGGUAAAAUACUUAAGCAAUUACACCAAUCAUGUCAAACUGAUGAUGGUGAAGAUGAUUUAAAAAAAGGCACCCAGUUAUUGGAAAUUUAUGCUUUGGAAAUUCAAAUGUACACCGCCCAAAAAAAUAACAAGAAAUUAAAAACCUUGUAUGAACAGUCUUUACAUAUAAAAUCAGCCAUUCCUCACCCUUUGAUCAUGGGCGUGAUCAGGGAAUGUGGCGGUAAAAUGCACCUAAGAGAAGGAGAAUUUGAAAAGGCACAUACCGACUUUUUCGAAGCUUUCAAAAAUUAUGACGAAUCUGGAAGUCCAAGGAGGACCACUUGCCUCAAGUAUUUAGUGUUAGCUAAUAUGUUAAUGAAGUCUGGAAUAAAUCCUUUCGAUUCUCAAGAAGCCAAACCAUACAAAAAUGAUCCCGAAAUUCUAGCUAUGACAAAUUUAGUGACAGCAUACCAAAAUAAUGAUAUAAACGAGUUUGAACAAAUUUUAAAGCAAAAUAGACAAAAUAUCAUGGAUGAUCCUUUCAUAAGAGAACAUAUUGAAGAUCUAUUAAGAAAUAUUAGAACCCAAGUACUAAUUAAACUCAUAAAGCCAUACACAAGAAUACAAAUUCCUUUCAUAUCAAAUGAGUUAAAUAUUGAUGUUCAAGAAGUAGAAAGUUUACUUGUUGCUUGUAUUUUAGAUGAAACUGUGCAAGGACGCAUUGAUCAAGUCAAUCAGGUCCUCUUCUUGGAUAGAACAACUAUAAAUACAGCUAGGUAUAACGCGUUAGAUAAAUGGGCCAACCAGUUAACAACUUUACAUGCCGCGAUCUCUAAUAAAAUGGCCUGAUACUGAGGCAUUGGAUCUAAUGAAGAGUUGGACGUGAUAGCGCUUAACGCCCCUGUAACUUUACUUAUGCUUGUUUUAAUUUUCAACAAUGUAGCAAAAAAUUGGAAAACUUUCCUAUAAUUGAUUUUUUUUUUGCGUGACUGUAUCAUCAUCAUAGCAAUAGUUACGCAAGAUUUAUUGUGCUGAUAUAUUAUACUUGUAUAGUUUGAGUAAAAAUUGUUUUGUCACA